CAGCUAAGACCUUCAAAUUGCUAAACGUUCCUAUCAGCCCAGUGCACAUGGUGAAGUAGGGAAAGACUUGAUAGGGUGUGUCCCCAUUAUCAAUCUCUUGCCAGUAUGGGGAGUGCCCUUCAUAGUGUACAUGCAUAAGUGUGUGUGCGUGACUGCCUGAAAGACUAAAGUUUGUCAUUUCUGCAUAUAAUCUAAUGACAUGUCUCAUACAUGUUGGCCUGAUUCUUAGGAAAUAAGCAUCGAUACACCCUACUGGAAAAUGAACCAAAGGACUUUCUUUCUGCUGGUUAUCAUGGGCUUUUUUGCCAUGUGGCAGAAGGCAGAUACUCAGAUUAUUUUAGGUAAACCUGAACUCAGUGGUCCCUUGAUAAGUGUUACUGAAGAUAUUCUGGAAUUUUUCUGCAAACUAGACGAUAUCCAAACAAACGAGACUAUUCUGUAUCAGUUGUUUCAUGAAGGUAAUUUAAAUAAGGCUUUGGCUGAGUACAGCUCUCACAGCCAAGAGAAAGCCAAAUUUGUUAUUAUAGCAGCUCUUUUUCAUGAUGGAAGGUUAAUGUGCAAGGCCAGCAUGCAAAACAACUCAAAUAUCACUCCUACCUACAGCAACUGGAUAGACUUCCACGUAUUGGUGCCUGUAAAUGGUACACACAUAUCAAGCCCCUCAAGUACAGAAGAUUUUUGGGAAGGAGACAGUCUGACUUUACAGUGUAAUAUAACUAGCGGAACUUAUGUAUCAUAUAAAUGGUUCCUGAAUGACCGUCUGAUCCACAAUGACAGCAAUGUACUGCAUAUGUCAAACCUUUCCAAUAAGCACAACGGAAAAUAUGUCUGUGUUGCUAAAAGCUACCUUAAUGAGACAUUUUAUUACCACAGCACAUCUGAAGCAUGGAAUGUUUACGUUAAAGAGCACCUGACAAAGCCUGAAAUCUCAAUUGAGGUCAUCAAGAAUAGUGAUGGAAAUAUUAGCGCUUGUGUAAAAUGCCUUGUGACAAAAGGUUCACCCCCCAUAAACUUUACCCUUUUCAAUAACAAUCACAAUGUUGAUGCAGUCACCAGUGAACACAUGGAUGCCUUAUUUACACUGCCUAUUGCACUGGACCAAGACAUGGGCACAGUGUAUUGCCAAGCAAACAACAGGAAACAUCCACUGAAGAGCAAAGAGCUGAAACUUAAAGUGGAUUCAGUAGGGGGCACUGUGACAAUGAGACUGCAAAAAUCUGUAGGGAAGGACUUUGAAGUGUUGGGUGUAUGGCUGCAUUGCCUUGUGGAGAGAGGAACGCUUAUCCAGUACAACUGGUUCAUCAAUAACACAAGACUGGAGAGAAAAGGGUCAUUUUAUAGAACAUUCAAAUCAGACAACUCAGGCCUCACAGUCAGGCUGUACCCAAACAGUGAUACUGCUGGGUUCUACCGCUGCGAGGCGUUUAACUCAUUUGACAACACUACAAGUGUGAGCAGUACAAAGACUCUGAUUAGUCAUGAAGUGUUUAACGUAAUACCAACCGAAGAGGCAGCCAUCAUUUUUACCUGUUUCUCAUUGCUGAUUUGUGCCGUGUUAGCUUGCUGUAUUUUUGGAGUUGUGUUACGAAAAAAGCGAGCCAGGACAUAUAUGUUUAAACUUAAAGACUUCACAGACAUGCAUAGCUUACUGGUUGAUGAUCAUGAUGAUGAUAAAAAUAUGAUUGAGGAGAACAUAUAUAAAGAGAAAAAUGAUGCACUGGAUACAGAGGCAUAUACUGACAAUAUAUUUAAUAUGCUGGAAGUUUUACAAGCCUCCAUGAUGAAAGACUCUGAUGAGAGUGAAGAGGAAGACACCAACUUGCAUUACAGUUUCUGAAUAUUUGUAUAAAGUUACUAUUAAUGUAGUUAUUGCAUAAUGCUCGAAUAAAGUAGUGUUAAUGGUAUAUACUGUAUAUAAAUAUAUAAACGCAGCAUAUAUAGUUGAUAUAUUUGAUGCUAAAGUCUGAGGCAGCAUUUAAAAUCUGGGAUCUGGAUUUUUUUAACUGGAAAUAAACAGACAGCCUUAGAAUUCUGAAAUGUCUAACACAUAAAAUGGAAAUGUGCAAAGUCUUAACUAUUCAAGAUGAUGUGCAAUUUUUUACGUCACUAUUUACAAUUUAAGCAAAUUGUUAUAUUGACCAUGUAAACUCUUCUCAGCUCGAGAGGACUAGCCUGAGAAAGGCUAUAGUCUUGGUAAUGUUACUUUCUACUGUCGUUAUUUUCAAAUAAUGUUGUGAGUUUGUUCAAAAAUUAGAAAUAUACAAACUCGUAUACAAUUUGUGCAUAAGAAAGCCUUACAGUUUGUUUCUUUUGUUUGUUGUUAUAAUCACAUUGUCAUUUAGUAAAAUCUUUAUUUUUACACUU